GGGGUUUCCGGCCGCGCCUCGCCGCGGCCCUCGCGCUGGCCGGCGCCGCGGGCGCCGGCGUCGCAUGGUGUGCCGCGCCGCGCUCGGGCGGCGGGCCCGCGCCCAAAGGCUGGGCCGGAGGCAUGGGAAAGUCCAGGCCCGGGGGCGGGGUGCCCAGCGUGGAAGAGCUCUACGAGGUGGCCCGAGGGGUCCACGAGGACCUGGACGAGCGCCUGCUGGGCUACACGCGGCAGUUUAGCGGGGAGGCUGGAGCGAGCGACGAGGCACAGGAGCUGGGUUGGGCAACUGCUCAGGGAGCGAGUUUGGGAUCGGGCAACUCCUCGGACAUCGAGGGUAUGCUGUCCAACCUGUCGACGAGCGUGUCAGAGGGGAUUAGCGAGAUGCGUAGCCUAGAGAUCAUGGCUUGCUUGGCCGACUCGUGGCAGGUCAUCUCCAACAUAGGCUCGAUCAUAGUGAACAUCGAGGCUCUCACGAAGGCGUGCGCGCAGCCGUACCCGCAGAGCGUGGAGAAGAGGACCACCUGCGCAUCGCUCGUGACCCUGAACCUCGCCAAGUGGGGCUACCUCGGAGCGAACAUCUGCAACCUGAUCUCCUCGUGCCCGGGGGUCUUCAACGUGGAGGCCACAUGCGCCCUCGGCCCGAUCGGGAUCUUCGCCAGCGGCAGCGGCGUCGCGAACGGCGCCGCCACCAUGGCAGGCAACUGCAAGCAGGGGCUCGCGGCGCCCCCAGAGGGCAGCGUGUCGAACGAGACGAUGGAGGACCUGGUUGAGCUGGAGAUCGGCGGUGGCCGCCGCUUGAGGACUGGCAGCGGUGGCGGUGCAGCCCUGCCAGAUUGGGUCGGCCCCACCGACGCCGGUGCCUCUCACGGCACUCCGCUCGGAAGGUACGCGGAGCAGCUGGCGGCGUCAUCUCGGGCCAUGGCCGAGCGCGGGGAGUUGCCCACCAUCGAGACCGUCACGGUGGACGGGAGGGAGCUCUUGAUCCCCGCGGGGGCCAGCCAGGGGGAGAUCAGCGCGGUCGUCGAGGCGGAGGCCAGGAGGAGCCAAGACGUUGCGCCGGCCGACGCGCCGCUGAGCAGCGCUCAGAAGUGGGCGAUCGCGGCCUGCGUCUUCGACACGCAGACGAUGGUCGCUCGGUUCAUACAGGCAGCCGCGUUCAUGGGCUUCGCCAUCCUCGAUUGCAGGAAGGAGGUAUUCGACGAGUUUGGGUUUGGCAUGAAGAAGAAGUGUGUGAUCGACAUCGGCGUCAUGACCGCAUCGCUGGCCAUCGCAUCGAGCAUGAUCUCUUUGGACAUCAUUAAUUGCCCCCACACGCUGAAGUACAUGCCCGACAACCUCUGUGCCUCCGGCAUCCUGCAGAUCAUCUCCUCGACGUCUUAUUUCGCGGUUGCUUUCGCGAGCAUCGCGGACGCCUGCUACGAUCUUGACCCGAACCACCCGGAGCCCAACACUUCUGUCCGGAAGCGGUGAGCAACCACCUGGGCUGCCAAAGAGAGGGGCCAACGAGGCCUCGAGACGCGGCCCGUUUUUUUGUUGUUGCUUGUUUUUGUAUUGUUUUUUUUGUUACGCUGCCUCUUUGCCUGGUGGCUUCGGUGAAGGCUGUCCGUCAGACGGGUACGGCGGGGGCCAUCCACGCGCGCGGGCAGGGAAGGCAGAUGCCUGAUUCUGAGCGCCCUGGGGCUGCUAGAAUUCACGCGCCCGCCCGCGCUCUGGCAGCACGGGUCCACGAGAAGGCAGUGGUAGAGCCACUCCUCCGGGGCCAGUCCACGAUUGUCGAUUUGGGGCUCAGGGGAGUUGCAGGCGAGGCCUCCGAAUAGCCCGAGAAGGCGCCAGGCGAAGCCCAAGACGCUGAGCCCAGGGCGGCUCAGAGGCCCCUGGGUCUCACGCUGGUCGCUCCGAGAGGGAGGUGGCCUGGCUCCGCUGGAAGCCGAUGGAAUCGAUAGUUGUGAUGAGCCAGUCCGUUUACGCCCGCCUGGGUUCGGUCGGUGACCUACUUGACUAGCUUGGACCAGAGUGGACGAUGUGUCUCGCCUCUCCGUGUCGUUCUGCCGUGGCAUUGCCUCAUUGGCGCCACCGAUUGCCCACGGAGUCGGCGGGACGCCACCUCUGCCUUUAUCUCCCCCUCCCCGUCCUCUCCCCCUCCUCCCUCUUCUGUCGUCCGCGCACCUGCCUCAGGCCACGAUGCGGUUGCCCCCGCCUGACCCCCCUCUUCGGCGCACCCGACUUUGAGCCAGUCCGUUAACGCCUGCCAUAGCUCGGUCGACUUUCCAUUUGACCAGCUUGGACCAGCUUGGACGAUGCGUCUCGCCUCUCCGUGUCGCUCUGCCGUGGCAUUGCCUCAUUGGCGCCACCUACUGCCCACGGAGUCGGCGGGGCGCGACUUCUGCCUCCCCCUCCAACUCUUCUCCCCCUCCACCCCGCCUUUCGCCUUAUUCGCCUCCCUCCGCACUCUCCUCUCAUCAAUUCAGGCGGAAUCGAGUUUCCCUGGCUCAUGCAGUGGACCUUCUAUGGCAUCUCAGGCAGCAGAACACGUAGAUAUUCACUCGUUGCGUGUAUGCUAAAUCAUA